GGUGCUCACCUGUUGUACCCGCACGUUACACCGCUGGAAAAAGAUCUCGACUGUGCUGGAAGCGUCACAACAACUGACUUUCUUUCUGCCCAUGAUCUCUUGUUGUCUCGGGAACAGUCAUACCCCGACGCCCGAAUUUCUGCCGCCCUUUCACAACUUGACCGUGAUUGAUUCGCCGUAAAAUCGACAAGAAAACCGGUGAAGCCAUUCGUGUAACAAGGACGGUUCCAUCCACCCCAGGAGGCCCACGUAUUAUCGUUCUCAGAGCUAAGGCCGGCUCGAGUUACAAAGGCGACACUUCUAAAUCUCAGACUGCGAGGCCAGCGGACGAGAAAGACAACCCCAACAUGUCUGCGUUUUUGGAUUUCAGGAACCCGACUUUCAGAUCGUUUGCCUUCUACUGUAUGGUCCUGAUACUGAAGAUGUUCACCGUUUCUAUCAUCACGGGACAGUUGAGACUCAGUACUAAGUCGUUCCUAAACCCAGAGGACGCAGACCGUCAUGGCGGACCGGAGUUCGUCAGGAGUCACCCGGAUGUAGAGCGGGCUGUCAGGACUCAUCGUAACGACCUGGAGAACAUCCUCCCGUUCGUCCUGAUCGGGUUGUUCUACGUGCUGAGCGCCCCGAGUCAGACGGUAGCCGCCUGGCACUUCCGCCUCUUCACCGCCGCCCGUCUCAUGCACACCGUGGCCUACCUUGCAGCUCUCAAGGCUCCCACUAGGAGUCUCUCCUACACUGCCGGACUGGUCGUGUCUAUUUCUAUGGCCGUGCAAGUUGUUCUGACAACGUUCCGGAGAGAUUGAGUUAAUUUUCGACUCGAUCUUUGGGUGGCAACACUCUUCCGCGAUAUCUGUGCCCGUCUGUAUCUCUACCAGACAUAUUUUACUAUUGUUACGUGUAUUUUGUAUCUGUAUGUUUUAUAUGAGCGAGUCAUGCCUGGAAUAAAGAAAUAAAGGAAGCCAGUAUCAAAUCGGCAAGGCAGUAUCAAUUGGCCAGCAUUUUCAAAUACGCCACCUAAGAACCUUUGAAACAACAAUGUGUCUCUUACGUGUCGUGAUCGUGACUGGUGGUUUUUUUUAGUCGUGAGCUGUUUUACUCGAUGUAUAUAAAUAGUGAGCUGAUGUACAGUAGUGUCUUCUAGACAACGUCCUCAACGUGAACUUAGUAUUGCAUAUCUUAGUCUUUACCACACCUUUUGGGUUAUAAGGCGGUGCCUAUCUCUGGUUCUAUGUCCUUGGGCCACACCGUUGUGCAAGUGAGAAUUCUCGACUUAAUUAGCUGAGAAGACCACAAAUUCAGGUACUCGACAUAUCAUUUUCAUGUCACUGACAUAUUUAUUGCUAGUAUACAACAUACAGUAGAGAUGAGCAGUAAAUAUUCAAUGACACUCUUUACAUCAACGAGCAGAAUAUGAAUCCUGUAUAUUUCACUAGAGGCAUGGUUAAUAUUACUUCACAUCAUGCUGACUUUCCCUCCAAACAUCGUUAAUAAAGUUGCAAACACUA